UCCGGAUUGACAAGGCUGCUAUUAAUACGCUCUUCUUCUGUGUCUUUGGUAGUUACACCAUCUUACUUCUCCUCCUUUCUUCAAGUGUCCCUAUAUAAUAAAUCUCACCAACACCAUGUCUCUCAAAGUUGACGAUUUCCCUUCCUCCGCCGCCUUCGACGUGAUCAACUCCACUCUGCAGGGCGAUGCCGCUGGCCGCAAGGAGGCGAUUGAUAACGCUAAGGCUGUCGUCGCAUUUACCCUGAAGAACUCCAAGGGCAAGGAGGAGAGCUGGCACCUCGACCUCAAGGACAAGGGUGUUGUGGGCCGUGGUGUUGCUCCCGCUGGCGGAAAGGCGGAUGUCACCCUUUCUCUCUCCGACACAGACUUCGCCUCGUUGGUCUCCGGGAACGCCAACGCCCAAAAGCUCUUCAUGGGCGGCAAGCUCAAGAUUAAGGGCAACAUCAUGAAAGCCACCAAGAUGGAGCCCAUUAUGAAGAAGGCCCAGGGCAAGGCCAAGCUAUAGAUACCCCCUUUUUAUAUUCUCACCGAUGUAUUUCCUAGCUGUAUGACCUUUGAUUUGGGAAAAUAAAUAUGUUAUUUCUAAAUUUUUGGGCGUAGUAUAGUUGCUAUCCGAGAUUGUCAUAUCUUAACCUCAUAUCAUCUAUUUGAC